AUGAACGACUACAAGUUUGAGGGAUGGCUGGGCCACGACGCUUCAAGCGCCGAAGGCAAGAUGGUCUGGGGCGAAUUCGAGCCCAAGAAGUGGACUGAGGAAGACGUUGACAUUCAAGUCUCCCACUGCGGCAUCUGCGGUUCUGACUUGCACACUCUGAAGUCUGGCUGGUUCCCCACUCCCUACCCGUGCUGCGUUGGCCACGAAAUCGUCGGCAAAGCCGUCCGCGUAGGCCAGAACGUCAAGAACAUCAAGGUCGGCGACCGUGUCGGUGUCGGCGCCCAGGCACGGAGCUGCCGAAAGGACGACUGCCCUCAAUGCUCCAACGGCCAGGAAAUUACUGCAACCGCGAGAUGCACUUAUGGCUCUGUGUACCCUGGCGACGAGGGCAAGUCCUACGGUGGGUAUGCGGACUAUAACCGCACCAACGGACGUUUUGUCAUAAAGAUCCCAGACGGUCUGUCCUCCGAGUCCGCGGCGCCCAUGCUAUGCGGUGGCAUCACCGUCUUCGCACCCCUUCGAAAUAACGGCUGCGGACCUGGCAAGACGGUGGGCAUUGUCGGCGUGGGCGGCCUCGGCCAUUACGGCAUUCUGUUCGCGAAGGCGCUGGGCGCCGACAAGGUCGUUGGUAUUUCGAGAAAAGCAUCGAAGAAAGCGGAUGUGCUGAGCCUUGGCGCCGAUGCGUAUAUCGCGACAGAUGACGACAAGGACUGGGCCAAGGAGAAUGGCCGCACCCUGGACCUAAUCAUCUCGACCGUCUCGAGCCCGAAGAUGCCCUUGACGGACUAUCUCGGCCUCCUCAAAGUCGGCGGUACCCUCAUCCAGGUUGGACGGUGGAGAGCUCCCUCCCAUCAACGCCUUCACACUGCUUGCCAGCCAGUACAAGAUUGGCGGCAGUGGUAUCGGUUCACCGUCUGA